AAAAUAAGCAUGUCAACAAAUAGAUUAAGCCCUUCUUUGGAAGAUCGGACUGGAAUGUCUAUUUUAUGGGUUCCGGUGAUUUUUGUUGCUGCAACCGUUGGGCUGUAUCUAAUAUCACUAGGCUUUCACCACCAUGCCAGUGACAGUAGUUUUCAGCUGAAGUUUCCCACCAGCAUAGAAGACAUCUCGGAGAUGUCUGACUUUCUCUCGCACCUCAAAAACAGUCAUUUAGGCCAUCUUCUGAUGCUUUUCUGUGCUGGAUAUAUCUACAAACAAACAUUUGCUAUUCCUGGCUCUGUCUUUCUUAAUGUGUUGGCUGGAGCUAUAUUUGGACCAUAUCUUGCUUUCUUGCUCAUUUGUCCAUUAACAGCCGUGGGAGCUACCAAUUGUUAUCUGUUGUCAAGGACGUUUGGAAGGUCAUAUGUUGUGAAAUAUUUUCCUGACAAAAUCAAGUUAUUCCAAGACAAGAUUGCCAACAACAAGGACAGCCUGUUCUUUUUCCUGUUGUUUUUGCGCCUCUUUCCAAUGUCACCCAACUGGAUGAUGAACAUUGUUGCCCCAAUUGUGGGAAUUCCCAUCCACCUGUUCUUUAUAUCAGUUUUAAUUGGUUUGAUGCCAUACAAUUUUGUCUGUGUACAGACUGGCAGCGUUUUGUCACAGAUUUCCUCGGUUGGUGACAUUUUCACAACAUGGACGUUGAUAAAGAUGUUUCUGGUGGCACUAGUGGCAUUGUUACCUGGCAUUUUUGUCAGCCGUUUUCGUAAAAAGGAGACUGAAUGA